ACGAAAAGCAUUCUCGUGGCAGUCUCUUUGCGCCAUUUCAGAUCGCAAGACCUCGGUUCGCAUUCGAAUUUCGAAUUGUGUGGUUUAAGGACUCUUCAGAACAAAAGACAGCCAACCUCGGUGCAAAAGAAUAAAAAUAAUGUGUACUCACGCAUUAAAUGGUGCAAAAUAAACUCGUAUCUGAUCAAAUAAAAGUGCUCUAGAAAGUAUAACAAAGACGACCAUAAAAAACAGUGCAAAUUCUCAUAAAUUUUUCGGUGUGGCCUCUGACUGGCCUGGACCUCGGAUCGAUCGUAUGCAUGUCUUAUAGAAGAUAAGACGCUCAGAGAUCUCAGUGAGGAAGUUUGAAGGAUCCACUGCCAGCACAUCACCCCACCCCACCCACAAAGCCUCAGCCAUGGAGCACAAAAAUCUGUCCGCCUGGCUGGCCCUCUUCCUUCUGUGCGUGGCAGCCACUGCCACGCCCACACCCGCACGUACGCCCGCCUCCGACUGCCCAGCCGACUGCACCUGCACCCUGUCGCAGCACACACACAAGCCACUGUACCACCUGAAGUGUAACAGCACCCACGGCCUGAAGGUGGCGGAGAAGGCCUUCCAGUCGGCGAUACCCAUGCACUCGAUCGACCUCUCGGGCCUGAACCUCACCCGGUUGGGUCAUGUGCUGGACAAGCUGCCCGACCUGACCUCCGUCGACCUGUCGCACAACCGGCUGCAGGAGUUCGGUCACCUGAGCAAGCGUCUGAAGCGAUUGAAUCUGAAGCACAACGAGAUCACGUCGGAGAAGCUAAGGAAGCUGCCGCAGCACCUGCAGGUCCUGAACCUGCAGCACAACAACAUCACCCACCUGCCACUGGAGCUGACCCACAUGAGUCAGCUGCGACAGGUGGAGCUGAGCCACAAUGCCAUCAACUGCUCGUGCCAAACGCUGGAGGUGCGCAACUGGCUGGUGGAGCGCAUGGUCUUCAUGGAGCACCCGGUGGUGUGCAGCUAUCCGCUGGCCUACAAGGGUCGUUCCUGGCUGCAGCUGAAGCAGGAGGAGAUCUGCCAGAAGGAGCACCACCAGACCUAUGUCCAGGAGGCGGACGAGAACGAACUGAUGAUGGGAGACCAGCCGGUGGACACUUCCGCCGAGCACGAGGAGGAAGAAGAGCUGGGCAAGUCAUUUAUGCUCCUGGAGAGCGGCAGUCUAUCGGCCACAUCCAAAAAGGUGCGAUCACCGCAGGAACCUCUGCCCGGCGACCUGGUCGAGGGUUCUGGGGACAUCACCCAAACCAACAUGGAACUCUUGGCCCCCGUUGGUAAAACAGAGGAAGCGGCCGCGACUCAUUCCGACGACGGAGCUGUUGAAGUCCCGGAAGUCGAUGAGGAUGAGGCAAAUGAGGCCUCCGAGGAAGCGGCCGCGACUCAUUCCGACGACGGAGCUGUUGAAGUCCCGGAAGUCAAUGAGGAUGAGGCAAAUGAGGACGACAUCGAAGGCUCCGGCAGCGGCGGUGGUCCCCUUAUCAUACCACAUGUGCACCUUUCUCCAGAGGACGAGGCUGACAAUGCAUCACAGGAGGAGGAGCACGCUGCCGAACCUGAGGAUAGCAAGCCAGUGGAACACCCGGAUACCGAAUUCCGACACAUGGGAAUUUUCGAGGGCAGCGAAGGAAAGCCACAGCCCGUCGAGGAGGAUGUGAUUGUUCCCGUGGUGCAGACGAAACUGGACACCAGCGAUGUAAAAUCGGAGGUGGUCACCGAUGGUCCUCUGAGCGACGACAACGAGUCCGACGACAUCAAGACCGCCAGUAUGGGCAAGCGGACGGAUGACAGCAACGCCAUCUACUACCUGCUGGCAGUGAUCGGCUUGAUUGUGGUGGGACUGAUCCUGUUCGUGGCCAUUAAGCGCUGCAAGUACGACAGCAAUGCGGCGCAACGGGAUGCCGAGGCCCAGCGCCAGACGGAGCUGCUCGACAUGGACAAGAAGCAGCUGGGCAAGCCGCUGCACAAGAACGGCCACGGCAACGGUCAGGAGCAUUCGCCGCUGAUUGGCGAGAAGACCAAGCUGGACGAGGCGCAGAUCGUGAAGAAGCCCUACGAGAACGGAGAUGCCAAGGACGGAGCUGGUCAGCAGCCACUGCUGAACGGCAAUGGAUCGGCCAACGGUGGCGCCAAGGAUGCUCCCGAAAUAAAUGAGCCCGCUGCCCAUGAGUACUACCCCAUCAGUCCGCGCUAUCCCACACCUCAGUCCCCCCGAGCCUCCAAAUACGCCCAGCACCAGCAGCCCGCCGAGCAGAACAACAACGAACCGGACGCUGCCUACUUGCCCUCGUCCCCGAAAUCGGGUCGCUACUCUCCCGUCUACUCCCCGGAAACGGGACGCGUCAAGAUCAAGCUGACGGAGACCCCCAAGCCGAAGACCCCAAUGCUGGUGACGCGCAGCAAAUCGAAUGCCGGGGACAUCAUCACCACCCCGUUGCGACCCAUCGAGCCCACCCACCAGCCCAUUAAUGGCCACUGAUGGGGGGAGACCCGCGCCAUCGGGCCAGCCAUCAACUCUCGACACAGUCCUUGAAUCCCCCCACACCCCCUGAAUAGGUACUCCCGCAUUCGAAAGUAGAAAUCCGAACAAAGGGAUGUAUAUCAUAAUCUGAAACCCAAUGGAAAACACUGCAACAAGUGCAACAUCUGCAGCAGCAACAACUUGCAACAGCAACAACCUGCAACAGCAACAUCUGCAACAACUACCAACAAGGCCACGACGACAGAAAACUAUUCGAUUUAAGUUACCACCCGCUCCCCCUCUUAAGUGUAACCGAGUAGUAGUGUUUAGAAAUAAGUAAAUUAAUUACACCUAAGCAUAAAUCUAGUUUAAUACCAAAGCUAAAAAAUAUAUUGCAUAUUAAAAUGUAAAACAAUCGCCUGCCCGCGACUUUCGAGUGAAAUGAAUUGUGGAAUGAAAUUAAAUGGUUUAACUGAAAGGACGACAGAGGAGUGGAGGAGAUAUAAAUAAAAUAGAGACCUAUAUUUUGGAUAAUGCUUUCAAUCUGCAUCUGCAUGUGAUGUACCACCCAUACAUACUUACUGUAUAUGUACUUUUAUAUCCUAUCUAUAUACUGUAAACUACUUAAGAUUCAUGCUCUUGUGAAAUUAUAUUGUGUUAAUUCAUUAAAUGCGAGCGACUUUUCAAACGAA